CAGGUAUUUUACUAUUACCUGAAUUUUAUCUCUAAUUUAUAUUUUCUUAUACGUAUCUAUGUAUAAUUCUCCUAAAACAGAUGUAAAGGAUAAAAUGGUGCCACAUAUCGAGAGAGUAGUAGAAAACUGCGUUUUCGGGGAAGGUCCUCAUUGGGAUGAAGAAACUCAAAACCUUUAUUUUGUCGACGUUAUGGACAAGAGUAUUUGCAGAUACGUACCUGAUACAAAGAAAGUUACGAAAGCUAAUGUUGGUGCUAUGGUGUCUAUAAUUAUUCCUGUUAAGGGAGAGAAAGAUACAUUUUUAAUAGGCCGAGAAAGAGAAUUGCUUAUCAUAAUCUGGGACGGAAAAAGUGACAAGGUGUCUGUACUGAAAAAAUUAAAAAUCGAAAGUGAUUUGGGUACGAAUUUUAAUGAUGGCAAAUGUGACUCUAAAGGUAGAUUGUGGAUAGGAACGGUUGGAAAGUGGAGUGAAGAUGGGACGGUAGAGGAAGAAAGAGGCUCCCUCUAUACCAUUGAGAAGGACAAGAUCACAAAAGUAGCAGAUAAAAUUACCAUGUCUAACGGCUUAGAUUUUAACCCGGCGCUAAAAAAAAUGUUCUAUAUAUACUCUCAUAAAGGCACUAUAGACGAAUUUGAUUUCGAUAUUGAACAAGGGACUAUUACAAAUCGUCGUCCCGUGUUCACAUUAUCAAGACAUGAUAUUCCUGGACUUCUCGACGGCAUGACUAUUGACUCCGAUGGCAAUUUAUGGGUAGCAAUAUGCAACGCAGGUAAAGUCAUCAAAGUUGAUCCACGAAAACCGGAAACACUUCUAUAUACCCUUUCAUUACCAGCCAAACAGACAACAUCAGUCGCUUUUGGUGGAAAAAAUUUGGAUGAACUCUAUGUUACCACUGGCCGUCUAGAAUUUGGAAAUACAGAAAAAUUAUCUGUUCCGGAAAAUGGUGCUGUCUACAAGAUUACUGGAUUGGGAUCAAGAGGUGUUCGUGGUGAAAGUUUUGCCCUUUAGAUGUUUCUUUUAUUAAAUUAUUAUGUUUUUUAAACUAUUAUCAGUUGAUAAAUUAAAAAAUAAAAAAAUAAUGUCCCUAUUAUCAAAAAUUUCAUGUUAG